GCUCAGCAUAUUGGCGGCUGCUACACAAUUUCAAAUGGCAACUUUAUCAAGAAUGAAAUUAGAUAUUUUCCCAGCUUCAUGUUCACAUGUAUCUACCAUAGUUUUUCUUCAUGGAUCUGGAGACACGUCAGAAGGAUUGCGGGAAUGGCUUUUCAGUAUACUCAGGAAAAGGUUUUGUUUACCACAUUCAAAGAUCAUCUUCCCUUCUGCUCCGUCGCGACCUUACACGCCGAUGAAUGGGGCUCCUAGUACGGUAUGGUUUGACCGUAAGCGUAUAGCACCAAUCGAACCUGAAGACUUGGAAAGCAUUGAUCCCAUGUGUGAAGAGAUUGGCAAGGUUAUACAGCUCGAGGUGGACCAAGGAAUUCCAAGGAAUAAAAUCAUAGUUGGUGGAUUUUCAAUGGGAGGAUGCCUGGCCUUGCAUGUGGCAUAUCGGUUCCAACAAGAAAUUGCAGGGGUUUUUGCUCUCUCAUCUUUUUUGAAUGACAAUUCUAAAGUUUACCAGGAUCUUGCAUCAUCAAAUUGCCGUAGACCUCCCCUAUUCCAAUGCCAUGGAAAGGUUGAUCCGUUGGUCCUCUAUAAAUGGGGUGAAACUACCAAAGACUUGUUAACAAAGGCUGGAGUCACAUGUCAGUUCCAUAGUUAUCCAAGACUCUAUCAUGAGAUGAAUAAAGAUGAACUUGAUAAACUACAAGCAUGGUUUGACGAGACAUUUACAUCAUCAUCAUGAAAUCAGAUAAUUUGUUUUCUUUCAUUUUUUAAGUGAAAACCUAUUUCAAUAUAUAAACUGGGUUCCAAUAGAAACUUAUCAAACUUCACAAGUGCACUACACAAAUUCCAUUCAGUCAAAAUGAACACAAUUUUGGUACAGGCUAGCUUCAAUAAUCUUUACUAAGCACGUGUCAAUAAUUAAGAGAUUGGUUUAAUCACAAAGAGGCUGUUGCCCCUCAAAUCAAUUGGUUCCGGAAUCAAAAGUCACAAAAUGGCAAAAGAAAGACAAACUAGAAAUGCUCGGCGGGUCGCGCGGCCGAGCACAUGUAUCCCCCGAACCCACCGCAUCAUUGCGAUAUAUAGAGCUCGCACAGAAAUUUGACAAAUAAAUACAAUUACCAUGGCAACGAUGUCUUUGCCCACACCAAAUCAAUAGAUGGCUUUGCUUUACUAUAAUGGACCUUCAUGUUAAAUUUGAAGAUGAUCGGAGAACAUGAGCGCUCACAAGGAAAUUUCUGUGGCGGCGGCGGGAAGAGGCCAAAUCCAUAGUAUCUUCCGAACUCUGUUCGGGGGAUACAAUGAAAAUUAGAUGGGAUGAAACAAGCUUACCAGUUUAUUAAUGUUCACAGUAUGACCAUCGGCAUGUUAAAUUGAUUGCCUCAAUAAAUAAGAAGUUACAGGAAGUUAAAAUUAACAUUUUAAACACACCUAUUGAGGUCAAAGAAGCAUAAUGUAUGAAUGGACUCGAUAGCAGUCAUGACCAUUUGGUUUAAUCCCAUCUCAUUUUUAUUGGUCUUUCUUUUGCCAUAUUGUGACUUUGGAUUCCAGCACCAAUUGAUUUGCGGGGCUCGAGCCUCUUUGUUAUGAAAACAAUCUUUUGAUUAUUGACAUGUGCUUAGUAAAGAUUAUUGAAGCUAGCUUGAGACAAUUUUUUUUUCAUUUUGACUGAGUAAAAUUUUUGUAGUGCGCUUGUGAAGUUUGUUAAGAUUCUUUUGGAACCCAGUUUAGAUUAUAUUUUCAAACAUCAGGUUUUUUUUUUCUACAUCAGACCGAUAUUUAUGAUGAUCUAAUUCAAUUGUCAUGUGUUCAAAGAUAUAGUUGAAUACUUGGUUAAUUUGAAUCUACAUUAUAAUUGCUUGGAAUCAUUGCUUUCUUCAAUAAUUUUUUUUUUGGUGCCGGGGGAGGGGGGAUUGGGGUAUGAUCAUUUUUGGUAUCCAGCGAGUAAAAUAUGAUUGCAUUAAAAAUAAUUACAACAUUUUCGAGCAGAAGACAUUUUCAGCUUACUAGUCAUUUAUCAAUGAGAAAGUAAGAAUCAAACAUAACUUUCUAAACUGUUCAAAUGAUAUGUCUUGAGCUUGGCGAUGUCCAGUCAUCAGUUGUUUGAAGGAAGGAUAAAAAGCAAUGUGUCUAUAGAUGAUAUAUUGAAUCUAAGUGCAAUAGACUUAUAAUCCUUGUUUUGUGCAGACAAAAUCAGCUAUAAAGAAAACACAUUGUAGAAAAUUGGUCCUGAUAAUCAAUUCUAAUUUGCCUAUCCAUCUGCCAAUUACUGUUUAUUUUUAUUUUUUACUGAUACCACACUUUUAUUACCGCUUUUCAAAUGACUUGUUCUUUUCUCUUUCACAAAGCUUCAAUAUAUCUGUCUUAAUUUUCAUAUUUUAUACCACCAAUCAUUUUUCGAAAGAUUUUUUUUAAUUUGCUAUUAUUUACUUUAAAAUGUGGGAUAAAAUGAAGAGGAUUUCAAAAAUGAAAAUACAUUUUAAAAUCUCUAAAAGGUAUUAAAUAUUAAUAAAUCAAGGUAAACAAAUAUAUGAUCAAAUGGAUGAGCAAAGUUAAUUUGCAUUUUUCUUCUAUUGUUUUAACUGAUGAAAUAUAUAACAUAAUUUUUACUUAUAACUGAUUAAAAAGACAUAUUACAGACUGACAGGUAUAGGAAUAUAAGUUGUUAUGCAAUAUAAAGAGUUUACUAUACAAGUUGAUUUGUAAUAAAUAUAUGUGGAGAAGAGUGAUCAAAAUGAUAGCACAUGAAGGGAUGAUGUACAUGUAUGCUUUAAUCUGCAAUUAAUCUGCUUAAAAACAAUUGUGGCAAAAAUAGACAGUAGUGAUUAUAUCACAUUUUAUAUCGCAAUUAUUAUGUUGAUUUGGGUAAAAUAUUGUGCUUUUUAUGAAAGAGUAAUGACAAUAUUCUAUUAAGUGUAUUUUACACUUUUAUUAAGUGUAUUUUACACUUAAACAGUAUGAUCCAUUUAUGUUUGGAGUCUGAAAGGCAUUAAAAUGGUUUUGAAAAAAAACCACAAUAUGUAUUUUGAAAAUGCAUUUGGGUAAAAUAUUGUGCUUUUUAUGAAAGAGUAAUGACAAUAUUCUAUUAAAGUGGAAGUUCACCCUGACAAAACCUGUUCACCCUGACGUCAUAUGCGAGCAGCAUUCCUACAUAGCGAAUGGUAAAAAAUCAAUGAAAUGUCAUUUUCUCAGAAAAUUGAAAAUGGUUUUCACUGUACCUUUUGUAUAUCAACAGACAAAUCAUUUCACGCCCGAUCAUGAAUAGAAAACAAAAUUAAGUCAUUAGGAACCAUACAAAAUUUGAAAUUCAUGCAUUUUAUAUUACAUAACACAUGGGGCAGCUGCUUGUUUAUGACGUCACAAAUCCAAAACUUUGAACUCUAAUAACUUUCUUACUCUUUAACAGAUUUUCCUCAAACCUUCACCAAUAUUUUUUACUAUUUUUUUCUGCUAUUUUUACAACAAAGUUUUCUUCAGGGUGAACUUCCCCUUUAAGUGCAUUUUACACUUUUAUUACUUGUAUUUUACACUUAAACAGUAUGAUCCAUUUAUGUUUAUAGUCUGAAAGGCAUUAAAAUGGUUUUGAAAAAAACCCCACAA